AUGGCGUCGAGGAUCUUCUCUAGCCUAAAUGAAUAUUCACCGGAUGUAAAGCGAUCAUGGAGAAGGAUUUCUACUGGAAAGCUGAUUCUUCCUAAUUACCUCAGAUCUCCGACUGGUUCCUGUCACGAUGCCUGCAAAUACGGAAGAAAACAUGAAUCUGAAGACAAGCCUAGAGUUCCACCUCUCAAAAGGGUUAACAGGAGCUUUUCUGGAACUCUAAGCUUCGAUUCACCAUUGAGGAAGAAGGCAUUGACCAAAUUGGUGUUGAACUCUAAGGUUCGAUGUGAACAUGCGAUGAGCCAAGUUAGAAACUUUUCUAGCAGAGUUUGUGAUGUUGUGAAGCAGAAUGCAGAGAGAACAAGGAAAAAGGCGGCGACAAACUCAGAUUCUCAGUUAGGUGAUUCGACUAAGCGAAAGAAGUCGGCUUCACGCUCUCUCAAAACGAUUGGUGUGUCACGGAGAAGAGCGUUAGAGAUGGUUGAACAUAACAAGCGUGUCACUGCUUUGAAGCUGGAAUCUGUUGCACAAACAGCAGCGAUGGCUCUUCGACGCAGUACUGUGAGUAGGAAGAAGAUCAAUGUCGGAUCUAAAGCUGCAGAACCAAAGAAAGCUGCUGUUGUGCCUUUAAGAGCCACGGUGUCUUCUAAGCAGUGUUCCCGAAGCUUGAAGACAAAGAAGGAGAGCAAUAGCUUGAGUAGUGUUUUUCAAACCCGGAAGCUGGUGGAUGACAAGUGUAAAGACUUGGUUGAAGAGAAAACGCUCUAUGUUAUUAAGAUGAAAACAGGGAAUGAGACUAUUGCAUCUGAUCAGAACCAAAGCUGUGUCGUGGAUCCGCCUACUGAUGAUCCAAAGGAAGAAUUUGAGUGUGUUGUGACUGAAGCUGAUGAUAAAUCUUCGCAAGAAGAGGAAGAUGAGAACACAACAAGGCAAGGAAAAAGCGAAGCUCUCUCAACAGAAUCCGCUGUAAAUGGCAACUCGAUGAGACUGAGAUUCAAAAGAGGAAAGUUUGUGGAUGUUGGAUCUCAAGACAACAACAGUCCAAGAAAGAUCAAGUUUAAGAGAGGAAAAAUCGUUACCGGAGCUGACACAACCUCAAAAUCCGGUAAUCGGAGAAGUUUAAAGACCAACAACGACAAGGAACAGGAGCACAAAAAAAGCAGAUCUUUGAAAGUUGUUCUAAAACACCAAGACGCACAGAAGAAGAGAGAAUCGAGAGUGUUGUUGUUCAACAAUGUAAUCGAGGAAACAGCUAAUAAGCUUGUGGAGACUCGCAAGAGCAAAGUCAAGGCUUUAGUGGGUGCUUUUGAGUCUGUCAUCUCUCUCCAAAAACGAAAAUCUUUUACAGCAACGUAA